CUGCUCCUGCUGCUGGUCCCCGCCGGCCGCCGCGCCGCAGGUGCGCCCGUGGUCGCCGAGCUGCGCUGCCAGUGCUUGCAGACCUUGCAGGGAAUUCACCUCAAGAACAUCCAGAGCGUCAAGGUGACGCCCUCGGGACCCCACUGCGCCCAAACCGAAGUCAUAGCCACUCUCAAGAAUGGGCAGGAGGUUUGUCUCAACCCCGAAGCCCCCAUGGUAAAGAAAAUCAUCAACAAGAUGCUAAACAAGGGCAGCACCAACUGAGCUAGAGAGAAGGCAGAAGCCUGUGACUUACGGUUGCAGCCUUAGUGAAGUGGGAGCAGAAGAAGAGAAACAAAAACCUCCUGAAACCCCCUGGACUGUGUUUAAUGUAUUUGACUCUUGCCUAGGAGUAUUCUAUUUUUUUUAAACUUAUUUAUUAUUUAUUUAUUUAUUUAUUUUCUCAAAGCUAGCACAUUAAUGUCCUAGCUAAUAUUUAAAGAUAUGAAUUUGGUAAUUUGCUGUACUAUAUUAUCUUAAAAGGUCAUUUUUAUGUUCCAUCAAAGUUGGUUCAGUUCUAUUAUUUAAUUUGUAGAUGACGAGUCUUAAAUAUUCUUCAUUCAUUAAAUUAUUAUUUCUUGGGGGGAUGGUGGGGGAAACCAUGCCAUAUCAUUCACCAUGAUGAAGGCUGGCGAUAAAUAGUGUGGGAUCCAAGCAAAUACAUCCCUGUUAAGGUCGUGGGAUGUAUGUGCACCUCUGUUUUUGUACUGUUGAGAAGAAUGCUGGUUAUUAUUUAUUGAGAGUUUCACAGUAUGUGGUCAACAUUUCUGAUGUUGAAGCUUUAGAAAAACUCCAGUGUUUUAAAUAUCCCUUGGACAUUUUAUGUCUUCCUUGUAAGGCAUAAUGCCUUGUUUAGUGUUAAUUAUGUGGUGUUUCUCUAUGUCUUGGAAUAGAGAAGUUUAAAUAUUUACCGAUGUAUUUUUACAAAUAGCAUGAAAAUAAAGCUAUUUACAAAAGUUC